UUAAAAAUGGCGACGUCCAGGGAAAUUAACUUUAUUGUUUCUCUAAUAAUGUUUACUUUUAUAUAUUAAGAAAUUUCUCGAAGACCAAGAUUCAUUGAGUCUGUUUAUAUAAAACUACAAUUAAUUCAGCAAAUCUGGAUGAAUCCAGGGAGAAAAUGAUUGCCGCCUCUGAUCCACUGGAAUUUGCACCAGGUGGACGUCAGACGGUCCUCAGGCACCCUGGAUCUCUGAUUAGUCAACUUGUGGCGAAUAAUCAAGCGGCCCCAGGAGAUAGCGUCCUUUUACAAAAAUUCAGGGAAGUUAAUAUUUCCGAAAAACCGUCUAAAGAAUUUUGGAUAGUUCGUGACGAUGGUGUGAAUGGAGAGGAAGAACUUUAUUGUUCAGGAAAAGUAGCAAUUCAUUCGAAAGGAAACCAAUCGACGAGAGUACUCCAAAAGUCCUAUACUUGCGAGCAUGAUAUCAAACAUGCUCUAUGGUGUUCUUUUAGAACUUACACUCUAGAACAAUUAUCAAAAAGUAAGGAUUUAAAUGAUGACGAUAAUUCUGCAGGAAAAACUAUUGACUGCAUUUGUCUGCUCGAUACCUACACUCUUAAGGUUUUUACCGAAACUGGCGAAGAUUAUGUUUCGAGUUUACAAUUUCAGGUUUCUGCUGUCUGGCCAACAAAAUUUGGGCUUUUGCUUGAAAAAUCGGAAGUCUCAACUUCCUCUUCCUCUAGAUAUACGUCUUUAGAAAUGAGCCGAGCUCUUUCAAACUCUGACAGUCAUUUGCCAGUCGCAUUUUCUCUGAUGCAUCCUCUAGAUGAAAUUUGUCCUCUACUGAUAAAACACGGAAGCAUAUCGUACAUGUGCGAUUCGUCACAGAAAAUCGUUUUCACUAGUUCUGAACCAUCUCUAGCUGUAAUUUACGAUACGAAAACUGGACUACAUUCUGUGUAUAAAAUACGAAAAGCAACUCCAGAGGAAUGUCAAAUAAUUUGUGGAAGUAAUGACACGACUCCUAGUUUAUUUAACUACUCUACGAGUUCGCCAAAGAACAUCGGCAGUAACGCUUCCUUGAACAAAAGUAUCACCGGCAAGGCUCUAAGUCUUUUUGGAAUGCCAAAUCCGCCAUUAUCUGCCUUGGGAAUGGGACUGACGAAUAGUCCGUUUGGAUCACGAACAACUUCCUACACAACAACUUCAGGCAGUGGACAAUCGCCAGCUCAACAGCAACAAAUGCACUCGCACUCGAGAUCACAGAGUCCAAUGGCAACAAUAUCCCGAUGUCAAUCGCCAACUCAUUCUGGAUUCUCUCCUUUAUCGGGAGUUCCUCCUGGAACAAAUAUUCAUCAAACUCGUCUUCAUCAAACAAUGUUUACGAAUAUUCUGGGACAUUCGCAAAAUAGUCCUUGCGGAAGUUACAACAGUAUGCAGUUUCAAGAUAUUGGAACUACUCCGAGUAAACCAGUUUAUCCAGAAAUUUGUCUUGAUCACGUUUGGACGGAAAGCAACACUGUUUCCAAAGACGUGAUUGCCGACAAAGGGACAAAAGUGUUCUUAACCACCGAUCUUGUUGGACAAAGUUAUUUGGGUUAUUUGGUUCCUAAUAGAUCUCAACUUUUUUUGGUUCGCCUUGAAAAAACAAAUAAACAACAGCAAAUUAUUUUUGGAAUGGUUACUACUAUUAUUGCCAAAGAUGCAAUCAAUUUACCAAAACUUAAUAUGGUGGCAAUAAUGGACAUGUCGAAUGGAAUUACUUUAUAUUCCGGUACGACAUUAGUCGGAAAAGUACACAUUCCAAGUAUUUUACCAUCAUUAACGGGUUUCAAUCAAUUUGUUAAGAAACCAAUGCCUCUACGUAGACAAGUCUCUCCUUUUCCCAGAAGAAGUUCUCUAUUAUCACCAAGUUGUGCCUCUUCGCAUGAUAUAAAAUUCGAGGAAGGACUGCAUUUAUUAAGCCCUGUUGGAUUUUGUGGACAACCUUCAAACUUAUUGGAGACAUCGUUAAUUGACGAAAAUCUUGUAGCUUUAAAGGAUUCUCUAGGAAAUAAACUCACAUUGGAAUAUGGAAAUCAAAAUUACUUUAGAAUCACUCUUCCAUUGUCAAGUACAUCUCCAUUAGUUACAAAAUGUUUACAAACACUUAAAAGUGUUUUACAACGUGAUCUAGCAAUGCAAUUAUUAGUCAAAUGGUACGGAGCUCGUAAUGCGCCAGGUCCUCAAAAUUUCUCUCCAAAACAAGAGUGGCAUUUAUUUCUCGUUAUUUUAUUCACACUUCUCGGUUAUGAAGUGGAUAAAUUGCCCUUGAUUCAAACUACCGAGGCAAAUUAUCUCACGGAGACGAAUAAUUCAGGCGUUCUGAGUAAAAAGCAAAAAACAAACGAGUGCGGCUCAUUGGAAGAUUGGGCUUAUACAGCCGAUAUGUCCGUUUACGAGAGUACACAAAUUUUUGUUUCAAAUAUUCUUGGUUUGACGAAAUUCUCAAAAUCGAGUAAAGAUGAUUUUGUCAUCGAUUCUGCGGGUAGUAAUGGAAAAAUAAACACACAAGCUUCCUUAUUUCCUUAUCUACCUCUAGUACUCUUUUCCCUUCAUUUACUUUAUGAAGAACUGAAAUUAAAUUGUCUCAUGACUGAAAGUCUACCACUGUUGGCACAACUUCUUUCUCAAAUGAGUAAGGACUUGAAAUUCGAUCAUUAUUUACAUCAUUAUUUUCUUGAUUAUCCAAAGCAGUGUAAAAUAAAUUUCGUUUCGCAAAUAACGGACGUCGAUUUGCAGAAGAUUACGCCACCGAAUUACAUGUCAAUGAAGCCGUCGAGUAUUUUUGAGACUUUAAAUAAUUUAAUGAACUUUGAGAAUGUUACGCCAUUUCCAUAUCUCAAGCAUGUUAAUACGAAGACGAGAAAUAUUAUUCAAUUGUUUGCGUUGAUUGCAAAUGAAAAUAGAGUUAAUCAGUUGGAUAUGGAGAGAUAUAUCAAGGUUAUUGUACCAGCUGGUAGUCGAGUUGAUAGUCAAGAUAUUGAAUUUAUUCCCAGAGAUGUACCGAAAAGAUUUGAACAACCGAUUGCUGAGAGGAUUCUUCUACUUUACCACGAAUUGGGAAUGAGGAAAAAGGACUUGGAAACUUUGCCACCGGGUGUUGCUGUUAUAUUAAAAGAUGUUAUGCACAGAUGUAGGGAGGAACCUCUCUCGAAUUGGCCAGCUGAUAUCUACGAAUUAGUUGAUCGGCAAGAUUUAGCAGGUUUGGAGAAACAUUCUUUGCCAGAGAAGCAAACCGAUCAUUUAGAAAAUGGAAAAAAUUACGCAAUCAAAGAUGAUGAUCCCGAUCAAGAUGAUGGCAUGGACUUUGACGAUACUAUUCUUAAAUUAAGGUUCAACAAAGAUCAUAGAGUAGCGGAAUUAAGAAAAUUGCUGAAUUCUUCAAAGCCUGUGAAAAUUUCUGUCGUUCAAAGACCAGUUGUCAGUGAUCAUGAUUUCAUUGAAGAGCAGGAGAGACAUUUACUUGUUCUCAGCACCAGAACAAUGGCUUUGCCCGUUGCCAGAGGAAUGUUUACUCUCAGAACUGCAACUCCUAUCAUCACUGAACAACUUCCAAUUCCGAGAUUAUGUUUAACUGGAAAAGCACCACCACGUGGAACAACAGUUGAACUAAGUCACAUUGAAGUACCACCGAAUAUGAAUCUUUGGCCACUUUUCCAUAACGGAGUAGCAGCGGGUCUUCGAAUACACCCGGACGCGUCGAAUAUUGACUCCACUUGGAUAGUUUACAAUAAACAGCAACAGGGUGAAUUUGGCGUUGAACAUUCCGGAUUUCUAAUGGCUCUCGGACUAAACGGACACUUGAAAAAUCUCGCACCAGUCAGUAUGUAUGAAUAUUUAGUAGAGUGUCACGAAGCGACCAGCGUUGGCCUUCUUCUUGGACUUUCUGCCACUCAUCGAGGGACAAUGGAUGUUUCCAUGACGAAGUUACUCUCACUUCAUGUCGAAACUCUUUUGCCUCCAACUAGCAUUGAAUUGAGUGUACAGCAAAAUGUGCAAGUCGCUGCUUUAAUGGGCGUCGGUCUCGUUUAUCAAGGAACGGCUCACAGGCACAUUGCUCACGCUCUUUUGUCGGAAAUCGGAAGACCACCGGGACCGGAAAUGAAGAAUUGUGUCGAUCGGGAGUCUUACUCUUUAGCUGCUGGUCUUGCCUUGGGCCUCGUGGUUCUUGAAUGCGGAGGUGCUUGUGACAUUGGAAAUAUUCCUGAUACUUUGCAUUACUACAUGGUUGGAGGGAACGUCAGGCCUUUCAUGGGAGCUCAGAAAGAUAAAUAUAAAUCACCUAGUUAUCAAAUUCGUGAAGGUGAUUCAAUAAAUAUCGAUGUAACGAGUCCAGGAGCGACAAUUGCACUAGGUCUCAUGUACUUUAACUCUGGUAAUCGAGCAGUCGCCGAAUGGAUGCGCGCUCCAGAUACGCAAUAUUUACUCGAUUUUGUAAGACCCGAUUUGUUGAUGCUUAGGAUUUUAUCAAGAGCUCUUAUUCUUUGGAACGAAAUUGAACCAACGAAAACUUGGGUUUCUAGUCAUGUUCCGGAAAUCGUUCAAAAGUACAAAUUAAUAAAACCAUCGCCAGAAAUCACAGAGGCAGUUGAUUUGGAAACUAUGAAUCAAGCCUAUUGUAAUAUAAUUGCUGGUGCUUGUAUGGCACUGGGAUUGAAAUACGCAGGCACUGCAAAUGAUACUGCAUUCAAAACUCUACAAAGUUAUGCGGAUUUGUUUAUUUCUUUGUCACAUAAACCAAUUGCUGAAUUGGCAGGGAAAUUUACAAUUGAAACCUGUUUGAAUGUCGUAAUCCUGGCAUCUUCGGUCGUAAUGGCCGGAACUGGAAAUUUGGAAGUUAUGAGAAUGUGUAGAUACAUAAGAACUCGUGUUGGUCCAACGAACAAUGUUGUAACUUAUGGUUCUCAUUUGUCAACACACAUGGCUCUAGGAUUUUUAUUCCUCGGAGGUGGAAGAUAUACGCUAUCAAAUAGUCCGAGUGCCGUCGCUGCCUUAAUAAUAGCUCUUUUUCCCAAAUUCCCCACUCACAGCAAUGACAAUAGAUAUCAUCUUCAAGCCUUGAGGCAUUUGUACGUGUUGGCAGCAGAACCGCGGUUGCUCCUUCCGCGAGAUAUUGACAAUUCUCAAUAUUGUUAUGCGUCCGUCACGUUAACAUUCCAAACGGAAAAAAUGUCAGAAGGCCAGGAAAUAAUAAUGAAAGCCCCAUGUUUACUACCUCAAAUGAACAGUUUAAAAAAAGUGCAAUUAAACGAUGAUCGCUACUGGAAAAUAAGUUUCGAAAGAUGUCAAAAUUGGACUCAACUCGAAGACAUGCUUUCCAGAUGCGAACCUUUGGAUGUCAAACAAAGAGCCGGAUGUUUAUCCUACUUAGAAGACCCUCGAGGAUUUCGAAGUCUCAUGGCAAGGACUUUGACGACCGAAAAUGUUAUCGCCUGGGCAGCUCAAUCGGAGCACAUCACCUCAUUCUCGAACGAUAAAACAAUUCUAAAUAUAGUGAAAUAUUUUCUUGACGGCACUACAAGACAAAAGUUUCAAGAAGAAAUUCUACACGACAUUUGUCCAUCAAAAAAUCAAAUUAAAACGCCUAGGAAAAUUAAUGACUCGAUGGAUAGAACGGAUUCAAUAAGAGAACAAUCAAGUUUCGUUAAUGAUAGAAUGGAAAUUGGUGAGACGUCAUUUUCGGAGAAAAUUCAAGAGAGCUUCAAUGAUAUUGAAUUGAAGCAAAUUUUAGAGGAAAUGUCCGAGUCUGAAAGGCAUUUUUUGCAAAUAUUUCCCAUUAUCACUUACGAAUGUGUUAUCAAAGAUAAAGUGAGUUUUCUACCACUUUGGGUUAAUUUGUACAAAACGAUAGAGGAAAUAAAAAGGAGGCCUAGUUCUUAUUUAGUUUGGCAAAUUAAACUAGUCGGAUCACGAAUUCUUUGUGAGAAUUAUUCAGAAACUUCUAAUCGACUUUUAACUCUGGAAAGUAUUUUAGCGAUUAAGCAAAAAACGGCAAUGAUCAUGGACUUGUGGGAAGAUGAAUUAGUACCACUGAUUCGUCAAUAUUUAAUAAACGGAACCGUGCAAGCUGAACCGGAAAAACUUGCAAAACUCACCACGUAUUUAGUAUUCUACGAUAUUUUACAUCAAAUCGAUCUCAAAGCCAUUUCUGAUCCACUAGCGGCAAAUAAAUUAUCAUCGAAUACAUCGAUUAUUAGUCUUUUCAAAUUACACCAACUAUUGCAAUUAUAGGUGUACAAACAAUUGCGUAUUUUUCCUUUUGUAAACAUUUACAAGGAAAUAAAGAUUUUUAUUUAGAUAGUAA